UAGUGGCUCGACCGUGAAACGCGCCGGUACGUCUUACUGUGUCUCUCUCUCGCUCCCAUCGUCUCGAAACUCUCGACGCUUAUCUCUUCCCACUCGAAAAUCACACCUCAGGCAAACCACCAACACUAUUCCGUAAUUGACCUCCUCCGCACAGCGCUUCGCCCUUGCCAUUCACGCGUGCAGGUAGGCUCGCUCGUGCCGUUGGCGUCUAUUUGGCAGGGCAGGUCUCUCACUUCUCUGACGAGUUUUCAUUCACCAGCAAACAAUAUCAGCUUCUAGGGUAUGUUGCGGAUGCUGUAUAAUGCGCUCCGGUGCGCCAUGCAAAUAAUUUAGACUGCUACUGCUGCUGCUGCUGCUGCUGGUGUCGUAUCGGGAUAAGCGGGCGUUGAAUCUUCAGUUAUCGUCAGUGAUGAUUGACUUGGAGAAAUGACGUGCGGGGUCCAAAUCACCGGUCAAAUGAUGCGGAUCUGUUGCUUGUGCUACUGGAUUUUGUUUCUAGUGAGCGGCAUUACCGUUGUCGGUGCAAAACCGACUAGUGCCCAAUCUAACACCCAUCGGCAUCACGCGGCAAAUAAUAAAGCCUUCAAAGCUGGGGGCGGCACUGCUGGGACUCAAUCGCUUCUGAAACGUCUCCAUCAUCACCAUCGCGUCGUUAAAGACUAUGCCGACGACUCGCCAUCCGGCCGAACUACUACGGCGGCUGCCAAGGGGAAAACGGAUGAUUUCGCCGAUUUUCCGGAAGACGAAUACCCGUCGGAUUUCCGCUGGCCAGAGUCCUAUUUCGAUUUGGAGGCCUCUUCCGACGUGGCCGUCGUUGUUGGUCAAACGGCGUUCCUAGUUUGUCGAGUCGCCGUCGCUGGAAAUUGGACGGUUUCGUGGGUUGGGCCGGACCAUUCACAUGACAACCGAAAUGUCAACCUCCUCACGGUCGGCACAGACACGUACACUCCCGACCGACGGUUCCGAGGACUUCACGUGUCCACUUCUCCCGAAUGGACGUUGCAAAUUAAAGCAACGACGCUGGAGGACGCAGGUAAUUACGAAUGUCAAUUAAGUAGCACCCCAUUGCGGACGCACGUCAUUCGACUUCACAUAAUCGAGCCGCACAUUCAGAUAUUAAACGGACCCGAAGUCUACGUUCAUGAAGGAUCGAUGUUGAACCUUACGUGCGUCAUCACACCGGCCGUUGACGCAUCUCUUCUCCUCUGGAGCCGCAACGGUCAAAUAUUGAAUUGGUUAUACCAGUCGAACCAAGUUGGAGGAAACGGUCAGCUGGACGCUAGAAUCCAUGUCUACGACGGACGUUUGUGGGUGGACCGUGGAGGUGGCGGCGACCAUAAAGACGGCGAAAACGACGACGGCGACGCUGAAAGUAGCGUCGAGCCGACCUCAAUUCAAAGGUCGGCAGAAGAAGAUGAAGAUCGCAGUAAAAGUCAGAAGCAAAAGCAAAAUUUGCCGCCAGCACCGACGACGGCCACCAUGUCUCAGCUGCUCGUCGACAAGGCCCAAAUGUUCCACUCGGGUCGUUACGUCUGUUCGGCGCUAGGAGCCUCUGGCACCUGGACUUUAGUGCACAUUCUACCUGAUGAGCAGCCGGCAGCCAUGCAGCGAGGGAAUCCAGCCUCGUCUUUCAAUCAUCCUCUUCUAGCUGGCUGGAUCGCCUUGAGUGUCUGUUUGAUUCAUCGAUACCUGGCCCCUCCGGCCGCGCUGCUGGCCGGGUGAUGAGAGACGACGGUCUUCUCUUCUCAUAGACCCCCGCAAUAGAAGUGAAGAGUUGUCAAAUCCUUCGGGACUCUCGACGGUGCCGACUCUCUUCGUGCGUGCUUGUGUGUCUAUACUCUUCUGCUUCUUCACGCUACCACAUUUUUUUUUGUUAUUUAUGUAAAGAUAAGAAGAGGAAGAAGAAGAAGAAAAAAAAGAAAAAGAAAAAAGAAAUGGAAACCAUUUGAAUGAUUGGAUAACUCAAAAAGUCUUCAGUCAUCACCAUUCAGAAAAUCUACAUGCUGAUUUAUUUUACCGUAUCCACUUUGUAUUCAUUCAGUUUAAUGUGACUUAUCACCCUUCUACUUGACCUGUGUAACACGGCAUUGCUUUUCUUUCAGGCGAAUAUUUUGAAUGGUCUUAAACGUUAGUCUACAUUUGACUUUCUAAUUUUCUUUUCCCAUUUUUAUUUAUUCAAUUUUUAUUUUGGACUUGCGUCUUGCAAAGUAUUGCAAACGUAAAUGGAGGUAAUGCGUUAGAUACAUACUGAAAAUAAGUGCGUCAUCACGAAGGUAACGUCAGUCAAUCAUGAAAUGUGAGCCAGGGAAAAAAACACAUUUGUUAUUUGUUCCAUUUAUACAUACAAGUCAAUCCAAGUUAAGUUAUUUUCUUUGCUGUUUAUCAUACCAUUUGGCUGAUAGCACCUCCGAGCAGCUUCCCCAUCAUCUGAAUAUCGUAUAAGGGACAACAUCGUCAUUUACGUCAUCGAAAUAAAAACACAAGUUACUUCGUUUUUUUUUUUUCCUUUUUAAAAAGAUCGGGUUGAUGUAUUUGAUAUUGCUUUUAUAUUUUAUGUUUUCACACACCAACCUCACAA